AUGGAAGCAGCAAACAAAACACGUGUUCCAGAAUUUAUCCUCCUGGGACUUUCAGAAGAAGUAUUACUGCAGUCUCUCCUCUUUGGAGUGUUUCUAUCCAUGUACUUGGUCACCUUCACUGGCAACCUCCUUAUUAUAGUGGCUAUCAUCACUGUCCCUCAUCUUCAUACUCCCAUGUACUUCUUCCUCUGUAAUCUCUCCUUCACAGACAUCUGUUUCACUUCUACCACCAUCCCAAAGAUGCUGCUGAACAUCCACACUCAAAAAAAAGUCAUAACCUAUGAAGCCUGCUUAAGCCAGAUGUAUUUUUACAAUCUUUUUGGAGGCUUAGACAGCUUCCUCUUGACAGUGAUGGCCUAUGAUCGCUUUGUGGCCAUCUGCCACCCCCUGCACUACAUAGUCAUGAUGAACCCCAAGUUUUGUGGUAUCCUGCUUCUGGCUUCCUGGUUACUCAGUGCACUGGUGGCUUUAUUACAAGACUUAAUGCUUUUGCAACUGUCUUUCUGUACAGACUUAGAAAUACCUCACUUUUUCUGUGAACUUAAUCAGGUAAUCCGACUUGCUUGUUCUGACACUUUCCUUAAUGAUGUAGUCAUGUAUUUUGCCACUGGAAUUAUAGGUUCCAUUCCAAUCACUGGCAUCUUCUUCUCCUACUGUAAGAUUAUAACCUCCAUUUUGAGAAUUUCAUCAGCUAAUGGCAAGUAUAAAGCCUUUUCCACAUGUGGGUCUCACCUCUCAGUUGUCUCCCUGUUUUAUGGUACAGGCUUUGGAGUCUAUCUCAGUUCAGCUGCUACUGAAAACUCCAGGGAUAAUGCAAUAGCUUCAGUGAUGUACACUGUGGUGACUCCCAUGCUGAACCCUUUCAUCUAUGGUCUGAGGAACAGAGAUAUAAAACAAGCCCUAGAAAAGCUUUUGAACUGA